UAGAUUAGGGUUCUUUCUCUAACGUAAGCUUCAAGACGUUCCUUCUCUGUUCCGCCGAUCGCGAGCGACAGGUAUGGGAGAAGCUGAUGAGUAUCGCUGUUUCAUUGGUGGACUUGCAUGGGCAACCACUGAUAGAGGUCUAAAGGAUGCAUUUGAUAAAUAUGGUCACCUUCUGGAGGCUAGGGUUGCUGUUGACAAGUUCUCUGGUCGCUCUCGAGGAUUUGGUUUUAUCUCUUUUGAGGAUAAGCAAGCGAUGGAAGAAGCUAUUGAAGAAAUGCAUGGAAAGGAUCUUGAUGGGCGAAGCAUUACUGUUGAGAAAGCUCAGCCUAACCAGGGUGCUGGUAGAGAUCGCGAUGACCGACCUCGUGACCGAGACCAUGGCCGAGAUCGCGACCGUGACUCUAGAGGAGGGGGCAGGGGAUCUGGUGGAGGUGAUUGUUUCAGGUGUGGCAAGCCAGGACACUUUGCUAGGGAAUGUCCUAGUAGUGAAGGGGGUAGAGGAGGUGACAGGUAUGGUAGUAGGGAUGGUGGAAGGGAUGACAGGUAUGGUAGUAGGGAUGGUGGAAGGGAUGACAGGUAUGGCAGUAGGGAUGGUGGAAGGGAUGACAGGUAUGGCAGUAGGGAUGGCGGCGGGAGUCGCUACGGACCAGAUAGGAAUGGGGAUCGAUAUGGUGGGGGAAGAAGCAAGGAUUCUGGUGGAGGCGAUAGAUACAGUAGAGAACGUUCCGGACCAUAUGACCGCCGAAGUGCAGGAGGGUUUCGUGGAUGAAUUGACUGGAGUUUUGAUGGAUAACUGAAGAUGCUGCUGUCUACUAAGUUAACAUGGAUACUUCAAUUUACAGGUUGUGUUCCCUUUUGAUGUCUGGCUAUGAAACAUUGUAGUGGAUCAAUCUUUUGAAAAGUGUGAUCUUGGCACAAUUGGCUACUUGCUACUAUUAUCUGUUCCUAAAAUGUUGGGUUUCUGGUAUUAUGGAUCUUGUACUUGCUUGUUGAUAUGUUGGGUUCUGGAUUUGCAAUUUGAAUGCCAUUAUUGCUGCU